GCUUGUGUUCGAUUUCUUUGAUGAUCCGCCGCCAUUUAUAAUUUUCUCUGAAGCGUUCAUGUGGUGUCUACGAAAUUGAGCUAAUUUUAUGCAGAAAUAACAGAAAAUCUUGCAUUAAUCGUUUUAAAGUAGUGAAAAACUGGCACCGCAAAGCUCCGCGGUUUGAUAAAUAUAUAUUCUAAAUAAAUUGUGCUGCGAUUUGUGCAGAAUUUGUUCAAUUGAAAUUAAUUGCAGAAGUUGGAGUUUUUUUUCUGAAGUUGCAGUGAAAAAUUUUUUAUUCGAAAAAAUGAGUGAAUUUCCUGGAGCGCAAUCCAACUUAAAUCAAUCCCAAGCUUUUGCUGCCGCUCUACAACGUGCUAAGCAGAUUGCCGCAAAGAUACAACCGAACGCUGCACAAGGUAACGGAGGGGUACCCAACGCUGGGCCAUCACCAACAGCUGGCGUUGGCUUUAAACGUUCUCAUGAUGACAGCGAUUCGGGCCCGGAAAUGAAAAGAUUCACUAGUCCUGGCAAUGACUACAAUAAUUCGAAUGGUAGCAGCGUAGGUGGCGGCGGCGGCAGUAUUGCUGGCUCCGGAAAUAUUUCUCAAGCACUGGCGCAAGCCGCAGCAGUUGCACAACGUCUGGCGGCUACCGCCGGUACUACUGUUGAAGAGCAAAUACGCAUUCCAGAGCCGCUUGUGAAUGCUGUGUUAGGACGUGGCAGUACUGAGACAAUUACACAAAUACAGGCAGAAUCUGGCUGCAAAGUACAACUGUCACAAGAUCAAGAUCGCGUUGUAACUCUGCGUGGUUCGCGUGAGACUGUGACUAAAGGGCGUGAACUUUUUCAACAAUUGUCUAAUCGCAAUGGCGGGGGCAACAUUGAAGUGGUUUUGACAAUUAAUAUGCCACCACCUGGACCUACAGGUUUUCCUCCAUAUCAAGAAAUAAUGAUACCAGGCACAAAAGUAGGUUUGGUAAUUGGAAAAGGUGGCGAUACCAUCAAGCAGUUGCAGGAAAAAACGGGCGCUAAGAUGGUCAUCAUACAGGAUGGUCCAAAUCAGGAAAUAAUUAAACCUUUACGUAUAUCAGGCGAUCCUCAAAAGAUCGAACACGCCAAGCAAUCAGUAUUAGAUUUGAUAGCACAGAAAGAUUUGCAGGCAGCAGCUCUCGCUGCACGCAAUAAUGGCGGCAGUGUGCAGGGCACUGGAGGUGGUGGUAGUAGUGGAGGCUAUAAUUUUGGUAACCUCGGAGAACAGUGUGAAGUUUUUGUUCCGAAAAUAGCCGUUGGUGUAGUAAUCGGUAAAGGUGGUGAUAUGAUUCGCAAAAUACAAACUGAAUGCGGUUGUAAGCUGCAAUUCAUACAAGGCAAAAACGAUGAACCAGGCGAUAGACGAUGCCUUAUACAGGGUACGCGUCAGCAAGUUGAUGACGCCAAACGUAUGAUCGACGGACUCAUUGAGAAUAUGAUGCAACGACAACAGCGAAACGCCAGCAGCAGUAGUAAUGGUAAUACGGAGGGUAACAAUUCCAACUACGGUUACGGCUAUGGCGUAAAUCACGCACAGCAACCACCACGUGAGGAAAUAACAUUUAUGGUUCCUUCAUCAAAAUGCGGCAUUGUGAUUGGGCGCGGCGGUGAAACAAUAAAACUCAUAAAUCAGCAAUCCGGCGCCUACUGUGAAAUGGAUCGUAAUGCUGUUAACCCACCAUCUGAAAAGUUAUUCAAAUGCAAGGGUACAUCGGAACAAGUAGAAGCUGCGCGCCAAAUGAUUGCAGAAAAAAUAAAUAUGGAAUUGCCCAUAAUAGCACGUAAGCCCAUUAGUGGCAACAUUCCCGGUCAGCAUAACAACCAAGGUGGGGGAUAUGGCCAAAAUCCAAUGCAAAAUGAUCCAAACGCCGCGGCAGCAGCUUACCAACAGCAAUGGGGCGGGUAUGCCCAGGGAUGGGGCGAUCAAAGCCAGCAACAGCAAAUGAUGAUGGGUGGUGGUGCCAUGGGUCAAAACGUAGCAGCAGCAGCGGGGGGUGGACAGCAGGCAGACUACUCAGCUCAAUGGAUCGAAUAUUACAAAUCAAUGGGUAUGAUGCGCGAAGCAGAAAUGAUUGAGCAGCAAUUGAAGGCAAAGCAAGCUGGCGCCAAUGCUGGCCAACCAAUGGCGGUGCCACAACAGCAACAGGCACAACCGCCACAACAACAACAGCAGCCACAACCGCAACAGCAGCAGCAACAAGGGCAAGGGGGCGGUUCGGCUGAUUAUAGUGCCCAAUGGGCUGAAUACUACCGCAGCAUAGGAAAGAUUGCAGAAGCCGAAGCUAUUGAGAAACAAAUGAAGCAGGGACAGAGUGGACAGCCGAAUGCAGCAGGGGCUGCCGGUGGCAAUAGCAAUGCGCCAGCGGGAAGCAAUAGCAGCAGUGGAAAUAAUAGUGGCGCCGGUGCCGCUAAUAAUCCCGCUGAUGGCGGCAGCAAUGCAGCGUUACAAGGUAUGACACCUAGUCAAUAUGCACAGUAUUCCCAAUAUUAUGCUGCUGCUGCCGCCCAAGCAAGUCAAGCGGCAGGAGGUGCUGCACCCGGCUAUCCACAACAGGCGGCAUAUGGGGGCUAUGGCGCACCUGGAGGUGGUUAUCCAGGCGCGCCACAACCCAACAUGACGCCAGGUCCAAACGCCUCCAAUCCCAAACAAAAUAAAAGUGACAAAAAUUAAGAAUUAUAUAGUAUAAUUUAUAUGUAUGAGAGUGAGCCGCAGUAGCAGAGCAGUAGACGAUCGUAUGUAGGUGUAGCAGAAGUAGCCGUUUGGAAAAUUUGUUCACAACGAAGCAGUCAAAUUGGGAGGUCACAAUUGUCUCAAUUACUACUACUUCUACCACUACUACUACUACUCCUUAUCACUCACAGUAUCUGUGAAAAUGUGUUGGCGUGUGCGAGAUGGGUUAAAUUUAAUAUAUUAUUAUGUAUUUUUAGCUUGUAAGCAUAAUUUAUAGGAACAUCAACACUAAAACAAGAAGAAAAAAACAUGAAACGCCAACUACGCGUUUAUAGAUCAUGAGAUUUGAGUGCAUAUUUCACGAUAAAACGCGGUGUAUAGAAAAUUUCAAUAAAUGAAUGCAAUUGGAUAUUUCAAAAGUGACCAACCAAAUUUGAACGCGCAGCGCAGUAUUCACUAUUUCGCUUAAAUUUUGUAAAUUGCAAAAAAUUCAUAGAACAAAGUACAACGCAUCUUAACCGAAAAGUUUUUCAAGUGUUGUAAAACUCUUAAUUAUGUUAAAAGAAAAAAGAAUUGUAGGAUGUGUUUAACUGAAAACGGAAACUUUUAAUAAUCAUAAAAUUAAUGGAAUGCGGAAAAUCUCUAAUUAAUGCUUUAGUGAACUAUGAACGCUGAUCAUAAUCUCUCCACAAAUAUAUUUCGAAAAACAAUUAAUUAAACUUGUAAAAUGUAUGCUUUAACAUAACAGUAGAUAAGCCAAUUUCGAAAAAAUGUGGGCCUAAACAACUAAACCCGCAAUGUUGGUUUAAACUUUAAAAUCAAAGAGAAACAGAAAUAAUAUAUAUAAAUAAAAACUAAAACGUACGAUUUCCCAUAUUCUUCCAACUGCUUGCUUCGUUAUAACAACAGCAAUAAGAAACAACAAAAUGUGCAAUCCUUACGACAAUUUAAUACGACAAGGACCCAAAAUGCUGAAAUACAUGUGACUUCACAACUAUAAUACCUAAAAAUCAAACCUAGAGAUGGUUGUUUCCCGCCAUGCAACGUAUGAUUCAGAUCAUUGCCAACGGCAUCGGGAGGGUAACACAGAAGUAGAUAAACGUAACAAACUGAGCUGCGUGUGGUAAGCUGGACUUAAUGCAACAAUAAUUAACUGUUUGAUGAUGAAAUUUACAUGCUAUAUACCUACCUAUACGUACAGUCAUGUACAUGUAGUGAUGUGAAAAAUAACAGGAACACGACAAUUUCACCAGUUUUGGCUAUUUUUCUUUUGUUUGCUUAAUUUUUUACGUAUACUACAUUAUCUAACAAAACUUUUGCAACUUGCGCUUUAUCAAGCUAGAAUUUAAAGGACUAAAAAAACUGCAUACUUGAUUUUUUUCUACGAAUUCGGAAUAAAAAGUUUGUUGUAAAAUGUUGCGAAAUUUUUCUACCAAGUUUGAAAAUUUGACUUCUAUGAUUUAUAUUACGUAAUGAGCUGUAUUUGUAUAAAAAAUAUUUAACAUUAAAUAAACAAAAGAAAAAAAACCAAAACAAGACAAAAUGUGCCCCUAUUAUUUUUAACAUGACUAUAUGUACAUGCCUACUAUAAUAUUUUAUAAAUAUUUCAAUGAACGAACUGUGUGUUUAUUAUAUUAGAACUUGAAAAAGAAAAUGAAAAAUGCAAUUUAUAAAAAUGUUUUAUAAUAAUUUAAUUAUUAAUUGCCCAAAUACGUCAUUAUCUACCAUAUGUUUCAAAUAAAAUAUGUCCAUGGUC